GGGCCUGACUGCUCUCAACCAGAACAAAAUCAACCCCAGGCAGAAGAUCAGAAACUGCACAACAAGUUAUUACAGAAAACAUAAAGCCAAUCAGGAGUUGGAGCCAAAAUAGUUGUGGGGAGAAUAGAGCACCACCAUGGAGGUAACAUUCAAAGCCGUGAAGAAAAGCCCUGGGAUCAUCAUUUGGAGAGUGGAGAAAAUGGAGCUGGUGGUGGUCCCAGAAAAGUCCCAUGGGAACUUUUUUGAAGGAGACUGCUACAUCCUUCUGUUGACGCAGAAGGUGGCCACUUCUCUGAGUUAUAACAUUCAUUACUGGAUCGGCUCUGAGUCCAGUCAGGAUGAGCAGGGGGCGGCUGCGGUCUACACGGUCCAGCUGGAUGACUAUCUGGGCUCCAGUCCAGUGCAGUAUAGAGAAGUGCAGGGACACGAGUCUGACACCUUCAAAGGGUACUUCAAAACAGGCAUCAUCUAUAAAAAAGGAGGCGUAGCAUCUGGAAUGAGACAUGUAGAAACCAACACGUAUGACAUCAAGAGACUACUCCAAGUCAAAGGCAAGAAACGAGUCUGCGCCAAAGAGGUGGAUAUGAGCUGGGAGAGCUUCAAUUCUGGGGAUGUGUUUCUUCUGGAUCUUGGUCAAACCAUUGUCCAGUGGAAUGGACCAAAGAGCAACAGACAAGAGAAACUCAAAGGCAUGGUGAUGGCUAAAGACAUUCGUGACAGGGAGCGCGGAGGCCGGGCGGAGAUCCGGAUCAUAGAGGGAGACGCAGAGGAUGAGGCGCCCAAAGUGAUGGAGCUGAUGACGGAGGCUCUGGGGGAGAGGAGCGGGGACCUGCCUGACGGAGCCCCGGACGAGACCGCUGACCAGGAGCAGAAGUCACAGCUCACUCUGUACCAUGUGUCGGAUGCAGACGGUCAAAUGAAAGUGAAUGAAGUUGCCUCGAGGCCCCUGGUUCAGGACCUGCUCAACCAUGAUGACUGCUACAUUCUGGACCAAGGAGGAGCCAAGGUGUUUGUGUGGAAGGGCAAGAAAGCAAACAAAGAGGAGAGACAAGCUGCCAUGUCCAGAGCUGUCGAAUUUAUCAAAACAAAGAACUACCCUCCCACCACAAACAUCGAGACGGUGAACGAUGGUGCAGAGUCGGCUCUGUUCAAACAGCUGUUCCAGAAGUGGACCGUCAAAGACCAGACUCAAGGCCUGGGCAAAGUCAACUCCAGAGGCAAAGUCGCUCAAAUCACCCCAGAGAAGUUUGAUGCUUCUCUGAUGCACGUGAUGCCGGAGGUGGCCGCUCAGGAGAGAAUGGUGGACAAUGGAUCAGGUCAAGUGGAGGUGUGGAGGAUUGAGGAUCUGGAGCCGGUACCAGUGGAUCCAAAGAUGUAUGGGUACUUCUAUGGAGGGGAUUGUUACCUGAUACUAUACACGUACCUGGUCAACAGCAAACAGUGCUACCUGCUCUACAUGUGGCAGGGUCGUAAUGCCACUCAGGACGAGCUGGCGGCAUCUGCGUUUCAGGCUGUGGAGUUGGAUCAGAAAUACGGAGGCGAGCCAGUGCAGAUCAGGGUCACGAUGGGAAAAGAGCCAAAACACUUCAUGGCCAUGUUCAAAGGCAAAAUGGUCUUGUUUAUGGGCGGUACCUCUCGCAGCAGCGCCACAGAAGAGGAGCCUCCCGUUCGGCUGUUUCAGAUCCACGGCACCGACACGUUCAACACCAAAGCCAUCGAGGUCCAAGCUCAGGCCGCGUCCCUCAACUCUGGAGACGUGUUCCUGCUCAAGAGUGAGACUGCUCUCUACCUGUGGUGUGGGAAGGGCUCGAGUGGUGAUGAGCGGCAGAUGGCCCGGGAGUUGGCAGCUGUGAUCGGGCAGAGUGGCUCAGAGGAGCUGGUGGCCGAGGGGCAGGAGCCGGUGGAGUUCUGGGAGCUGCUCGGAGGAAAGGCUCCCUACGCCAACGACAAAAAGUUGCAGCAGGUCGUCCCGGACCACCAGCCUCGUUUGUUUGAAUGCUCCAAUAAGACGGGACGCUUCAUCGCUUCAGAGAUCGCUCAGUUCACUCAGGAUGACCUCAGCGAGGACGAUGUCAUGCUGCUCGAUACAUGGGACCAGAUUUUCUUAUGGAUUGGUAAAGACGCCAAUGAGGAGGAGAGGAAGGAAUCUGUACCGACCAGUCAGGAGUAUCUCCGUACACACCCAGGAGACAGGGACCCAGAGACCCCGAUCGUACUCAUCAAACAGGGAUUCGAACCCCCGACCUUCACGGGCUGGUUUGCAGGAUGGGAUCCAAACAAGUGGAGUGGCGGAAAGACGUAUGAGGAGCUGAAGAAGGAGCUAGGAGAAGCAGCGGAGCCCGAAGUGGUCACUGAGGAUGCUCAGGACGUCCCUGAAGAGGAGAAAACCUAUGAUCCUUUUCCUCUUGAUGCUCUGCUGAACAAACAGCCCGACGAGCUGCCGGAGGGAGUCGACCCAUCCAAGAGAGAGAAGCACCUCUCGGAUGCAGACUUUAGUGAAUUAUUUGGGAUGACAAAAGAGGAGUAUGAUGCCAUCCCACAGUGGAAACAGCUCAAACUGAAGAAAGAGAAAGGGCUUUUUUAGAAUUCUUGCUAUUUUUUUUUAAAAUUUAUUUUGCAUUGUGUGCGACAGAAUUCAUUAACUCCAUAUUUUAGAUUUCAAGAGCAAAUUUUGAAUCUUUCACAAUUGUCAACAUUUUAUGUGUCAAACAAGUGUAGCUCAGGGUGUUCUUUCUAAUAGGCAAAGCUAAGAACCAACUCAAAAAUGUACAUAAUAGUAUCCAUAUGUAAUACCUGCAUGUUUGUACUGACAAAGGGCCAAAGCACUUUUAAUAAAUCAGUG